AUGUAAAAAUAAUUUGAAGGAUAAAAUGAUUUAGAAGAUUAUUACAUAGAAGUUGAAUAAGUAUUAAGCAAUGUAAAUUUUCUAAUGAAUAGCUUCAGAAUGUCAAUCCUUAUGAUAUUAAAUGUCCAAUUUGUUUAAAUGUAUAUUUGGAUCCAAUAUCAUGUGACUCUUGCAUGAAUCAUUUUUGCAAAAAAUGCCACUAAUAGAAGUAAGUAAGUAUAUGAUUAUAAUGAGAAAGAGUACAAAAUGCCCUUUAUGUAACCGUCAAUGUGAGACAAGAAAAGCAUUUCCACUUUUAAGAUAGUUAUUGAGUUAGUUAAAAAUUAAAUGUCAUCAUAAUAGUUAAGGUAUGAAUAUAAGAAGGAUUUUAGGAUGUUCAUAAAUAAUUGAUUAUGAUGCCUACGAUAAACAUGUAAAUUAAUGCGAUUUUAGGGAGGAAGUUUGUGGAUUGAUAGAUGAUAAAUACAAAUGCAAUGUUAUUAAAUUUAAGAAAGAUAUUCAAAGGCAUAGAUGUUAUGAAUGUAACUUUCGAUAAUGUGAAUGUUCUCAUUGUCAUUAAUUUGUAAAAAAAUUUAAGAAUUCUAUUAGUUUAGUUACUUUAAAUUAUAAAUGCAUGAGCUAAAAUGUGAAGAGGCUAUGACUAAAUGUUCAAAAUGUGAUACAUUAAUUAAAAUUAAGAAUUACAAUAGUCAUCUUGAUAUUUGUGAUAAAAACAUUGAAUAAUGUUGUUAUUGUUAAGGAGAAUAUUCAGUAUAAUAAUUGAAUAUACACAAAUAUGAAUGCUAAUUAAGACCUGUUUGUUGUCUUGGUUGUUCAUAGUAAUUUUAUCUACAUCUUUAUUACAUUCAUUAAACUAAAUGUCCAAAAUUUCCUAUGAUAUGUCCAAAUUGUAAUUAAAAAAUAAUCAGAGAAUAAUUUGAAAAUCAUAAAUUUAAUGAUUGUUUGAUAUACAUAAAAUCAUAACAUGAUAAAGAAAUUUAAAAUCUAAUUCGAAAACAAUAACAACUUGAAAAUGAAUUAAACAAAAAAGACAAACUUUUAAAGUAACGAAAAAUAGGAUUUUAGGUUUUCCAAUCGUUAUAAAGAUCCAGACAUCUUUAUAAAUUUAGAUAAAACAGUUGCAUUUGUCAAAUAAACAGCAAGUAAAAAGAAAGACAGAUUUGUUCUAUUUAAUAAUCCAAUAUCAGAAUAAAGAAAAUAUUGGAAAUUUAAGUAUGAAUUCAUAUUAAUUAAUAGGUGUUCUUAGGUGAAAAGUUCUUGGUAUGCAGUUGGCAUAACAGAAUUAUCUACUUUGCAUUCUUUAAAAAGAUAUCAAGAUAUAGGGCAUGGGUCCUAUUUAGUAUCUUCAAAUGGAACUAUGUAUAAUAAUCAUAAAGAUGAUCAGAAUUCAAAGGAGAGUGAUUUUUAAAUCAAUACAAAUGAUAUUAUUGUUAUCAAAGUAGAUUUAGAUGAAGGUAAUUUACUUCUUAUUAAUACUACUUAAAAUUUAUCCCUUUAAAUAGAGGUAGCUUUUGAAGGAAAGGAAUUUUUUGGAUGUGCUUGUCUAAGAACUGCAGGAGAUGAAAUUCAAUUAAUUUAAUGA